AUGGCGAGAGGUAUGAAAGCAGCGGAGAUUGUGGAGGUGGAGGAUGAUGACAAUGUGGUGGUGGAGGAGGAGAAGGAGAGUGAGGACUGGUGCUUCGUCUGCAAAGAUGGUGGAAGCUUAAUGGUCUGCGACUACAAGGACUGUCCAAAAGUUUACCAUGCCAAUUGCAUUGGAAAGGAUCUCUCAGGCGAAGGAGACUCGUUGAUCUGUCAGUGGCACAAGUGCUACUUGUGUAGCAAGAGACCAAAGCUAUUCUGUCUCUGUUGCCCAAAUGCUGUAUGUGAAGGCUGUGUUACCCAUUCUGAUUUCAUUCGCCUCAAAGAAAAGAAAGGGCUGUGCAAUCAAUGCCAGGAGUAUGUCUUUGCUCUAGAAAAGAUUCAACAAUACGAUGCUGAUGGGGAUAAGAUUGACUUGAAAGAUCCGGAUACAGUUGAGUUUCUGUUUCUUGAGUACUGGGGAAUAGUCAAAGAAGAAGAAGACAUAACUUUUGAAGAUGUCCAGGCGUCGUCAAAGUCAAGAAAGAAAGGUGUGAAGUCCAAAAACGAUCCCUCAUUUACGCUCAGUGAUGUCCGCUCUUCAAAGUCGCAAAACAAAGGCGUCAAGCGGAAGAAGAGAGAUGAUCCGGUUGAGGAUGAAGAAGACUACAACAUGAGUGGCAGCAAGUCAAAGAGAAUGGAGUUUAUCGGAUGGGGUUCGAAGCCACUCAUCGAUUUCCUGACAUCCAUAGGGGAAGAAACCGAACACGAAAUGGAACAGCAUGUCGUGGAGUCGGUGAUCCGAACUUACAUUCGUCGGGAAAACCUGCUUGACGCUGAGAACAAGAAGAGAGUUGUUUGUGACGAGAAGCUGUAUUCGAUCUUCAGGAGGAAGUAUGUGAAUCACAAGAGGAUUUAUACACUUUUGAAUCGUCACUUUAAAGAUAACGUUGAGCAGUUUGAGCAUCUCAAUCUCAUGGAGCUUGACUUGGCUGAGAGGAAGAAAAAUGGUUUAGUGCCGUGCAAGGAGCAGGAAACAGAAAGGGAGGCAGAUGAGGAAGUUCGUGAAGAGGAAGUGAAGCCUGAAAUGAGGCCAACCGGUUUAGCCGUAAUCAAUGCGGAGAAUAUAAAGCUGGUUUAUCUCCGGAAGAGCUUGAUCGUCGAGUUGCUGAAGCAGAAUGAGAGCUUCGAGGACAAAGUGGUGGGAAGCUUUGUGAAAGUGAGGAAUCACCCUCUGGAAUAUGUGGCGUACCAGAUCUCGCAGGUUACAGGCAUUAAAGCUGCUGAUGCCCAGAGUGUAGAAGUGAUUCUUUAUGUUGCUGGUGUGGAUUAUGAUGUUAGCAUUUCCAGGCUGGAGGAUUCUGACAUCAAAGAGGAUGAGAUUGAAGAUUUGAAGCAAAAAGUGGUGAAUGGCCUUCUGACACAGCCAACUCUUGUGGAGAUGGAGGAGAAGGCUGUGUCUCUCCAUGAGGAGAUAACAAAACAUUGGAUUACAAGGCAGCUUACCCUUCUGCAGAGCCGCAUCAACCAUGCUAAUGAGAAAGGAUGGAGAAAAGAAUAUCCUUUUUUUUAG